CAGCCCGGAAAUAUCCUGAGAAGACGUUUCUCCAGCUUCCUGUCUGGUAAUCCACUUGUUGAGGAAGACGAGGAGGGUGGAAACUUAAAACAUCACCAGAAGACAGACCAUGGCGAAAACGACCGGGUAAAAAAGCCAUACUUAGGAAAACAAAACCCGGCGGUUUAGCGCCAUGUUUGGCCUGAGAGAAGCUGGUGUCCUCGGCGCCUCCGUCGCUCUGGCGGGGGGAGUCGCCUAUCUUAUCUGGAACUACGCGUCCUCCUCCGGGGAGAAGAAACCAGAAGCACGGCCGACUCAAGACGGUAAAAGUGCCAGAGAGGAAGAGGAGAAAGGAGAGGAAGCCGAACAAACUGUUGUGGUCGCUGCUGCGCCUGUUGUUGCUGCUGAAGCUCAGAAAGCAUCAGAGUCCAAGCCCGUGGAGUCAACGGGGACACAGGUGCUGGUUCUGGGUCUGGAUGGAGCCGGUAAGACCAGCCUGCUGCACUGUUUGGCCACCGGCAGCCUGGAGCAGGACAUGCAGCCGACACAGGGCUUCAACGCCGUCUCCAUCAACAGAGACGACCUGCACAUCGAGUUCCUAGAAAUUGGAGGUAAAGAGGUGCUGCGGCCAUACUGGCAGAGGUACAUGUCCAAAGCUCUUUUGCUGGUGUUUGUGGUCGACUCUUCAAGCCCAGAGCGCUUCCCCCUCGCCAAGAGGCAUUUACACGAGCUGCUGGCUUCUGACCCCCGCCUGCCUUUAAUGGUACUGGCCAACAAGCAGGACCUUCCAGGAGCCUGCAGCAUCACUGACCUCCAUGACGCUCUGUCUCUGUCCGAGGUCGGGGACCGCCGGUUGUUCCUCAUCGGCACCCAUGUGAAGAAGGGAGACGCAGAGCUCAGCUCAGGCGUUAAGGACGCCCAAGAGCUGAUCAUCCAGAUGGUUUGUGACAGCAGAUAAAACACUCUGCGGCCGUCAUUUAAUCCUGUGGUUUUGAUACGAUUCAAUAGGCUCUUUGCACCUUUUCAUUUAACUGCUUUCACUACACCAGGUUGGCUGGAAGUCUUUUAUUUAUUUAUGAGGAAAGUAAAACUUUUUUCUUGUUUUGGUAUUGUCGAGGUACAAAAUUCCUAUUCAGUGGAGUAUAAAACUCCAUUGGCUUUGAAAAACAUGUUUCACUGUUACCAAAUGGCCCAAUUUUUGUUGACGCUGCCCACUGGACACGUCUAACAACUUGUGUUUGAAUUUCAUUUCACCAAAGAUUAAUUUUCCUUUACAUCCAAGCAGGUGACUUCAGUCAGUGCAGCCAUAAAUAAGCAGAUUUAUUUCAGGUUGUAGAUUCACUCGGGCCGCCUGUGUAGCUGCUGCAUGCAGCUUUAUCACCGGCGACGAGCUAACAGUCUGUUAGCAUCACACACAGUUUUUUUUUUUUUCGUCCUCACAAAAAUACAACCAAAUGUUAUUUUUCCUGUUUGGAUUCUAUCACAAUGUUCCUUGUUUGUCAUGAAGCACAGUAUAUUAAAUACCUCGACAUGGAAACGAAUAUGAACCCUUCAUAUCAACUUGCAGGACAAAGUGAGGCUGCUGCUCAUGUAAAUCUGCUCCAUUCGCUGACUGUUUGUCCACUCUGUGGUUCAGAAUUUCAAAGCAAAUCACAAAAUGUAAGGAGACUCUGCCGUCUUCUGGUCAGUGGCUGUAUGUGAUUUCUGCAUAUUAAACGUUUCUUAAACAGUGACCGCUCUCUGCCAUUCGGGGCCGCCAACAGGCAAACUUGGCUCUUACAGCUUUAAGAAGAAGAACUAUUGAAUGUCUGAAUGAAACGUUUGUGAGAUGAAGCAAGGAGAGAGGAGUCUGACACCAUGUCACCAGACUGCAAAAAACACACAGUGUUGUAUGAACAGGUUCAUAUAGUCUUAUACACAGAGUUUUUACACUUAAUUAAAUUGU